AUGAAGGCCUCUACAUUCCUGUCUCUGGGAACCUUAUCCCUGGUACCGACUGUCCUUGCUGGUCCAAUCGGCUAUGCUAUUUGCCAAGGGGGCUGUUCGUCUGUCGUCAUGGCCUGCUAUGCUGCCGGAGGCGCUACCUUGGGCGCUACAUUAGGAGCUACGGCCCCAGCUACAAUCGUUGGCUGCAAUGUCGCCUUUGGUACUUGCCAGGCUGCUUGUGCCGCUGUGCUCCUGACGCCGAUACCCCGAGGAAUCGAGUCCUUAUCAUGA